AUGUCCAUCUUUCUGUUGCUCCUCUCCCUGUUCUCUUUCGCGUCCUUCCACACUGCAGCCAAUGCUCUCCCAACAGGCGCCAUUGCGCCAUUUAGAUUCGAGAUAACCUUACCCACUGUCACUGUCGCCUGGGAUAGAACCAAGAUGCCGCAGGAAGCCACAAUGGAUAUCGCACUUAUGCAACUCUCCAAAAACCAAUCCACCAUUCUCCGUCGCUAUGUUCCAACGCACCUUGGAUCGACACAAAUCAAUCUGAGACCUGAGAUCGCACCGGGAGCCUACUCGCUGCUCCUGACAGUUUACAAGGGUCGAACGUCGACCGUCCUGAGCCGCUCCCUUGUCUCAAAACUAUUCGUAGUUGAAGAGAGUCAGCAAGUUGACUCCGAUACCCAUCCUCCUUCUGAAUCAGUCAUCAAAAACCCGAUUAAUACCGUCGAGCUCCUCCGCGAACUUAAACAAGACAAAGGUGCCGGAGCUGAAGAUCAAUUCCACUUCAGGAAAGAGUUCCAAGACGUCAUCCUGGAUGAUGAGCCCCUCCAGCUGGUCCACGAGUCCGGCGGCGAGGCAUUAGUUAUGAUGUCCCCUUACACCAUUGGGUGGUCUGUUCCCAAGAUAUUUGAAAAAGUUCCCCAGACUAAAGUCAACAUUCUUCUGGUCUCAAACGAGGACGGCUCGGAGGACUCGACCAAGGCCGAGGUUCAGCGGGUACUGGCAGCCAAUCUUGACGCGAGGACCGGAUUUUACAUUGUGAUCUUGCCCAGGGAUAUCCCGCGGAGGGAUCAUUAUCAGGUCAGAGUCGAGAUUUACGGCAAUGGUCGUAAGGUUGUUGGUUACACGCAUCGGUUUUCGACCGUACUUCCAGUCUAUGAAACUGAGUCCUAG